AUGUCCAUGAAAGGACGAGAGAAAGAAGGGUAUAGGGAAGGCAGCUACUUUGAUGAGCUGUUUGACCUAGAUCUCGAUAUAGAUUUUGAGACGGCGUAUAACAUGAUUUCGGGGACCGUUGAGCAGCUGGAUUGUGUUGAAGGGGGGAGUGGUGGGGAGACACAUGGUAGCGUGAACGAUGGGUCUCAGUUUGUGACUCGGGAUGAUCUGACGGUUGGCGUUGGUCGGUUUGAAGUGGGCGAGGGGGAUGGGAAGGUUUCUGGGGGUGGUUUAGGAGCUGGUAAUAAUGGAGGACGAAGCGGGCUUCUUCCACACAACUUGCUUAGUGUAGAUGAGUCUUAUGCAAUUGAGAACUUUCUGGAUAGUCUAUUGCCCUCUAAUGAAGGCUCUCCAUUACCAAAUGUGUCUAUACACCCGUCAUCUAAUAUGAUGGCAGGGCCUGGGAUGGUGACUGGUGCAGGAUCGCUGUCGCUGCCGCCGCCUCCAGUUCCAAUACCGGCAUCAUCAUCAUCCCAUCAGCAGCGGCAACCUCAAAAACAACAGCAACAAUCGCAGCAAUCGCAUCUACAUAAACAUAUGAUUGAUGAUGGAAGAUACUGCCCACAAGUAGUUGAGCUUCCAGAAAUCAAACUUCCGGAGGAUGAGAUCCCCGAUGAUAUUAAUUUAAAUCGGGCCAAGUUGAGGCGCUGGAAACACGUUUAUUGUGAAAAACAGCGAAGAAUGAUCUUCAAGCAGGCCUUUGAUGAAUUGAUAGCGAUGGUACGUUUUCCACGGCCUUCUGAAUCACAAGUAGCUAAGGUUCGUGGUAGAACCACUUUGAGUAGAGAAGAUGACAUUUCGAAGGUCCGAGAGCCGGGGGAUGGUAAGAGGAUCCCAAAGCAUGUACUUUUAAAGUACAUAGUACAAGACAUCGAAUUGUUGGUGUUAGCUAAUCAGGAAUUAGAGAGUUUGAUGACAACUUCAACAAGGACCUGA